AUGAAAGCAAGAGCAUUGAUACCAGUGACGCUUCCAAGGGACAGCCCUACCGUCUCGUACUGGCAAGAUCCGCCAGAUGGAAUUGCUCACUUUCGUUCUACGCCCAAACUCCCCGAGAGUGCGGACGUCGUUAUUGUUGGUUCCGGUAUCAGCGGCGCCUGCAUAGCAUAUUACAUCCUCUCGCGAUCACCAGCCGCGAACGUUAUCAUUCUAGAAGCCAGGCAAGCGUGUAGCGGAGCAAGUGGACGAAAUGCUGCCGUAGGCAUAGAAGAAGCAGUCAAGAUUGCGAGACUCGAGUACGAUAAUAUCAAGCAGGUUCAUGCAUUUGCUAGAGAGCAUGGUAUUUCUUGUGAGAGCCGCGAGCUUGAGACUGUGGAUAUUAUCUACGAUCAGACGGUUUGGGAUGAAUCAGUACGCACCAUCGAUCAAAUGCGAAAGGCCAUGGGCGAGGAUGACCCCGUCAGCAAAUAUACGCUUUGGAACAGUAAGGAUGCGGAAGAACGGUUUCUCUGCAAAGGGGCUGUUGGCGCCAUUACUUAUGAAGCUGGAAGUAUAAGCGCAUAUAAAUUUGUGAUUGGAGUGUUAAAGCUAUGUUUGGAGAAGGGUGCGAAUUUGCAGACUGGAACUCCUGUGACGGCCAUUACUCUAGUUUCGGGUGACGGUGAUGAAUCAAGAUGGAUCAUUUCGACUCCACGGGGCAAACUGCUUGCGUCUAAAACCAUUAUUGCGACAAAUGGCUAUACAGCUGCCAUAUAUCCCAAGCUUCAAGGCAGGAUAGUUCCCGUGAAAGGGCAGAUUACCGCACAACGACCAGGAGCCAAUAUUCCAAGAGAUGGUCUGCCUCGCACAUACUCUUUUGUCUAUUCUGGCGGAUAUGACUACAUGAUUCCUAAGCCCGAGGGGUCUAAAUUCGCGGGAGAUAUCGUGAUGGGGGGCGGAUUUACCAAGGGUGAAGAUAAAGGACUAUCUCAAUAUGGAACCACGGACGAUACGACGGUUGCACUGGAGAUCAGUGAAUAUCUGACCAGCAGCACAAAAAAGUUCUUCGGGGAUAACUGGGGCCAGGAUGACCCUGAAGGGAGAGUACGGCGAGAAUGGUCUGGGAUUAUGGGAUAUAGUACUGAUGGAUUUCCGUGGGUUGGCGAGAUACCUGGAGAACCUGGGCUGUAUAUCUCUGCAUCGUUCCAGGGACAUGGUAAUACCCUAUCAACCCCCCUAAUUCUUCCACUUCCCUUAAUUUACUAA